AAAGUUGAACAAGUUUGCCAGGAAUACAAAUCGGAUGUCUGAACUUAAAGAUGAAAUCGAGGCCAAAAAGAAAUCCUUCCAGAAUCUGGAGGAUGCCAGUGAUGACCUCAUGAUGUGUGAGGACGAUGCACUGCUGAUCCCGUAUCAGAUCGGAGACGUGUUCAUCAGUCACUCGCAAGAAGAGACGCAGGAAAUGCUGGAGGCUGCGAAGGAAGCUCUGCAGGAUGAGAUCAAAGCUCUGGAGGGUCGUGUGUCAUCCAUACAGGGGGUCCUUGGAGAUCUGAAGGUUCAAUUAUAUGCCAAGUUUGGAAACAACAUCAAUCUAGAAGCAGAUGAGAGCUGAGACCUCAGACAUGUGGACUUGACCUCACAGACUGUCAGUCUCCAACAGGAAACGGCAUUUAAACUCUGACAACAAGUUCUAGCCCUGUUUACUCUGUUGAUUUCACAUGUCGUCAUGUUUAGUGAAUUGUUUGAGCUGUUGCAUAAAUAAAGCAUCCAGAAAGAGAGAAUGAGAGGGACUGAUAUACAAAUAAAAAAGCUAAAUAUU